GUGAUAUAAUAAUGAAUUAAUUUGUUAAUUAUUAAUUAAUGUUAUUGUGAUCGGAUGUUUAUUAAAUUCUAUACAUUAUUAGUGUUUAGAAGUGUUCGAAAAUUGUGUUUACUAGACCUUAGUAGUAACCUAACCUUGUCUGCCUUUAAUUUUUACGAUAAAUAGUACCAGAUAAAAGAUGAAGAGAUCAUAGAAUACAUAAACUCAGAAUUAGGGGAUGUGACGAGACGGAAGGUCUUGUCGCCGGUCGGCCAGUCGAGUUCAGGGACGACGUUACCGCACCGGGUCCGUGUUCCCGGUGAAGCCAUGGGCCGGGUCGCGAUGUCUCCUUCCACCGUGGCUGCCGUGGUCGCCUUGGUCGUAACGAUAUUGAUCGCGCUGCUACCCAUCCCGGCGCUCUCCAACCACACCGGAUGGUUGCGCCGGGUGCCAUCCAUGCAAACGCCGUCGCCGGACGUGCGUAUGCGUCACAUGCGGCACUCCUCGUCCCCGGCCAACGCUGCCGCCGUCGUCGAACCGUUGGUGUGGCCGUUGAAGAAGGAGGCAGUGGUAGACGGUGACCUGCUGCUGGGCGGGCUGAUGAUGGUGCAUUCGCGUGAGGACACGCAGUUCACGUGCGGUCCGAUAAUGGCCCAGGGUGGUAUACAGACGGUAGAGACGAUGCUCUACACGCUGGACCAGAUCAACAAGCGGUGGACUAAGUUCAAGAUCGGGGCUCUCAUACUGGAUGACUGCGACAAGGAUACGUAUGGCUUGGAGAUGGCCAUAGACUUCAUAAAAGGUUCCAUCAGCAACAUAGACGACACUCAAUAUUUGCACUGCAACAAGUCUCAAGUAAGAAAAGUAAUAUCUGGCGUUGUCGGUGCUGCUUCAAGUGUUACAUCUGUUCAAGUGGCGAAUUUAUUACGACUCUUCAAAAUCCCUCAGGUGUCAUUUUGGUCCACUAGUCCAGAACUGAGCAACAAACAGCGAUUCGAAUACUUCACGCGAACUAUCCCUUCGGAUCUUUAUCAAGUAAAGGUCAUGGUAGAAAUUGUUCGAAGACUUGGCUGGAGUUACAUAUCAAUCAUAUACGAAGAGUCCAAUUAUGGCAUCAAAGCUUUCGAGGAGUUAGAAAAAUUAUUGCCCAUGCAUAACAUUUGCAUUGCGGCCAAGGAAAAAUUAGUGAAAGAUUCCGGCGUAGCUGAAGAAAAAGCUUACGACGACAUCGUGAUCAAACUGCUCAGCAAGCCCAGGGCGAAAGGUGUUAUCGUUUUUGGGUCAGACCAAGAAGUCGUUAGUUUAAUGAAAGCAGUAAGACGAAAUAAUGCGACAGGAAAUUUUUCAUGGAUUGGUUCGGAUGGAUGGAGUGCAAGAGAUAUGGUAUCAGAUACAAAUGAAGCUGAAGUCGAAGGAUGCUUAUCCGUCCAGCCUCAAGCUAAUCCUGUGAUUGGGUUCGAAGAAUAUUUCUUAGAACUUAAUGUUGAAAACAAUAAAAGAAAUCCUUGGUUUACGGAAUUUUGGGAAGAACACUUUCAAUGCCGAUAUCCUAGAAGCAUGAGAACACCGUAUAACUCCAAUUAUUCCGUUGAAUGUAGCUCUGAUUUUCAUUUAAGAGAGAAAAAACCGAAGUUUGAAAACCAAUUACAGUUUGUCAGCGACUCCGUGCUGGCAUUCGCAUAUGCAUUGUAUAAUAUGCAUUCAAACUACUGUGGUCCAAAAUUUGUCGGGUUAUGUGAUGCAAUGAAACCCGUCAAAGGACCUGAACUUUUAAAAUAUCUAAGAAAUGUUACAUUUAAAGGUCUUACGGGCGACAACUUCCAUUUCGACUCCAACGGAGAUGGUCCUGCUCGUUACAAUAUCAUACACUUCAAACAAGUGGAGCCGGGUAUUUUCAAAUGGAUCAAAGUGGGAGUGUACUCGGAUGGAGAACUGAAGCUCAACAUGUCCGAGACGCGGUUCAAAACGGACACAUCGAAUCCUCCAGAAUCCGUUUGCAGCUUACCAUGCCAAAAAGGACAAGCUAAGCAAUAUCUAGAGGGUGAAAAAUGUUGUUGGCAUUGUUUAAACUGCACACAAUACCAGAUCCGAUCAGUCAUCGACGAGACCCUGUGUGAGAUGUGCCCCGAAGGAACGCUGCCCGAUGUUGAGCAUCAACAGUGCUUGGAGAUACCGGAAGCAUUUUUGCAGGCUGGAAGCAGCUGGGCCAUCGGAGCUAUGACAUUGUCGACCGCGGGCGUGGUCGUCACUAUGCUGGUGGUCGCUGUGUUCGUCAAGCACAACCACACGCCCAUCGUAAAAGCGGCCGGCAGGGAAGUCUCCUACGUACUCCUAUCCGGCAUACUGUUGUGCUAUCUCAUCACGUUCGUGCUGGUGCUCAAGCCCACCGACAUCGUUUGCGCCAUACAGAGAUUCGGUGUUGGAUUCUGUUUCACCGUUGUGUACGCUGCAUUGUUAACCAAGACAAACCGCAUUUCACGCAUAUUCAAUGCAGGCCGACGAACCGUUAAACGUCCUAACUUCAUAUCACCGAAAUCGCAGUUGGUCAUCUGCACGGGGCUCAUAUCAAUACAAGUGCUCAUCAACGGUGUAUGGAUGCUAGUCAGUCCACCAAAGGUCAUACACUAUUAUCCGAAUAGAGAAUCAAACAUAUUGGUAUGUUCGUCUUUCAUCAACACCUCGUACGUGAUAGCGUUCGGUUAUCCAAUCGUGUUGAUUGUCGUGUGCACUGUAUACGCAGUGCUGACCAGAAACAUCCCGGAAGCGUUUAAUGAGUCCAAGCACAUCGGUUUCACGAUGUACACAACAUGUGUCAUAUGGCUGGCGUUUGUACCACUAUACUUCGGUAUCGGUAACCACACUCCGCUGAGGAUAACAACCAUGUCGGUAACCAUCAGCCUAUCUGCCAGUGUAACUAUUGUUUGUCUAUUUUCACCGAAAUUGUAUAUCAUUUUGUGUCACCCGGAACGCAAUGUACGUCAAAGCAUGAUGCCAAACAUGAGACUGACGGGAAUGAAAACUUGCACAACAACAAAUACCAAUGCAUUUUGCAACAAUUCAACGAGACAACGUAGUUCGUUGACUUACAAAGAUUCCAGUACGGACAUACAAAUAAGCUUGGAAAAUCAUAAACAAGUUUUUGAACGAGCCGUGCAAACGGAAGAAACCACAGCACCAGAAUCGUAAAUACAGAACAUUUCCGCCAUACAUCAUAAUAUAUUAAUCCAUCGCCUCCAUCGCUUUUAAACGCAUGUACAGUGUGGUACGCAAAAAUACUGAAAUGACAUAAAUAUAAAAAAUACCGUUGUUUUUGCAACUGUUGUUCUUUCGUCUUCAUAAAAACGAGCGCAAAUGUUUCAUGGUCGUGUAAAUCCAUAAAUAUUACAUAUGUACAGUACACGAGUGGUAACCGAAGAAUCAAACAUAAAAAAAAUAAAAUUAUCAUUACACAUUUAAAUAAAUUUGAGAAGAGAAGAUUUUACAAAUCCAAGAUAUGACAACAAAAUUAACGAUCGAAAGCUUUCGUCGAAAAUAUUAUUAUAUUUUUAUGCAUUUUGCAAAAGUAAAUUUAAUUAGUUCAACAUCUAUGACCCCAGAAAAAAAAAAGAAAAUUGUCUAAAAAUUAUAAUAUGUACAGUAAAAUCACGUUAAUCCAGUAUAUUUCGAGCCCUCAGAAUAUCUAUAAUUUCUGAAUUAUAAAAUAGUUAAGUGUAAAAAUCGAAUUUUUAUACAAGUUAUUCGUUAUGAACAUUCUAUUUGGACGAUUGAAAAACACAUUUUCAAUAUAUCUAGACCGUGAAAACAAACAUAAGGCAAUACAUUUGCGUGCACGUUCUCACGUUCAGUCACUACUCCUACCCCAAAACCUGAUAUAUAUAUAUAUAUAUGUAUACACAUAUAUACAUGUAUGAUUAUUGAAAAUAAAAUCUAUCUGGAGUACUGCACGUUUCGGGUUAUCGUGUACGGUCAGAUCGACAAGAUUUUACUGCAGAUUGCAUUAUUAUAUAUUGUACGAAUUUGCUAUAAGGAAAUCCCAAACGAUCAGGUAAAUGGUGAGUGAACUAGGCGAAAAUGAUAUAGAUGCCUGAUGUGCAUGUGUGAAAUGAUCGACCAUAGGUGCGUUAUCCGACUAUAAUCCUAGCAAACCGACCGCGAGGAUAAACGCGUAAAAAUAAUGUGUGAUACCACUAUGAAAAUAAUAAGCAGUAAAUAUAGAUCGAACCUAUAGGGGAGUAAAAAAAGUUUUAGUUAUCAAGAUUCAUUUGUAUUAAAAUGUAUUCAUAAGGACCUGAAAUAUAUACCUCGCUCAUACGAUAGAAACUAUACUUACAUGCGAUAUCGUUAAAAAUUAUUUUUAUGAUUUAAGACCGUUUCAAAAAAAAAAACGAUUUAUAUAAAUAAAAUGUACAUAGUUUUUGAGAUAUUUACGAUUCACUUUACUUUUCAAGCCAACACUUUUCUGUUGGAUAGAAAGUACUCGAAAUGUUUCAAAAUAUUAUACCCUUAUAAUACUCCUAUAAUAUAUAUGGAUUGAAAAUCUAUCCAACAGAAAAUAGUAGGUACGUUAAAUCUAUAAUACAUUAAUGGUUUUUUAUUUUGAAACCCUGUUCAACGUAUAAUGCUCCAACCCUCGGUGUUAUCAUGAUUAGUUACAUAAUUUUAAUAUAAUUUGAAACAAUAUUAACACUACCAUGGUUGAUUUCGUAUAUAAAUUAACUAAAAAUUUAUUUGAAUCUUAAAAGAAUGAAACGUAUUUUAUGUAUUGUUAUAUUAGCAUCCAACGGGCUUCCGGAAAAAGGUACGGUCCCGGUUUUUCGCCAGCAUAUAGUCCACCAAUGAUUAUCAAAAACAAUCAUUUUGAUUGUACCCCUCCGUUCUCUGUACAGUGUUUCGAGCGAAAUGAUUUAUCACACAGCUUUUAAAUUUAAAACCGUACAAUAAGUAACAGUAUUCCAACUGACGUGCGGUAGCCAGUAAAUCGAGAGUAGUAAAUCCAAACCCGGGCCAAUGAAUAUGAUAAACAUUUUAAAUUUACCGAGAAUCCUACAAGAAACAGAUCUUUACGGAAAACUAAAAAAAAAUGAUUACCAACCGUAUUCCGUAAUACGGUUUCAUGCACGACAAAGCGUCACGUUCAUUCAGACAAUUUAUUUAUUCAAAACCAAAAAUCCGAAAUACGUGUAUAAGAAUAUACUCGUAAUAAUGUACGCGUCCAUGUAUAUGUAUAUUUAUUACGCAUUGACCAUGUUCCGAUAACGAUUCGUAGUCGAGUAAUUUACAUUUCGCGCAAAAACCUAUUUCUAAAAUGACCGCAUUAGGGUGGUUGUUGGUGCCCAUGUCGGUAAAAUGAGAACAAAACAUCGCCCGUCGUCUACGAAUAUAUUUUACGCUCCGUAAAAUACAUUCGACCGUUAAUGGGAAAUGGUUCACACAAUCGGGUAGGCAACCACGUGCACUUUCACCAUUUCUGAGUUAUCAUCGUUUCGCCUGUCUAGUAACUACCUACCCUGAAUAUGUACGUCACAUCUAUAACAAGGAUGUGAAUCGCUUAAACGGUCGGCGGGAAGAACAUAUAUUUAGCCGUGACUAGAGGGAUGUAGGAGAUUUAAAAUGUAUGAUCAAAUAGAAAUGUUUCGAUUACUUACUAGAAGUUUCGAUUACUUGACUCUUGUAAGAAAGGAAUUCAACAUAUUCCGGAAGUGCUAAAUACCAGGAAUGUAAUUUGAGUUUUUUCGACAGGACUGUAAAUAUACCGUCGGUAUUGAGGGAAAUGUUAUAACACACUUUAAGUAACCUUUUCCGCCACCCCUUGGAUUUAGUUUCUAAAUUAUUUAUUUAUGACUUUGAUUUUUACGCUUUGGUUUCGAAACACGCGUUUGGAAAGCACUUAAAUCUAAUAUCAUCACGCUGUCGUUUCGACUAUGAAAUUAUAUUUGAAAAACUUACCGUGUCACAUGAAACAUGCUAUGAUCGUCAGAAACAACGUUUUGACAUGGAUUUAAAAUGACUAUAACUACGUUUUACACUUAUACAUAUACAGUACUCCGGUACACAUUUUAGGAGAUAUGCGAAAAGAUUUGAUGAUAUGAGCCGUCCGUCGUGCAUUGCUAAUUUUUGGUUAGAUAAAUAAUUAGAACUUCGAGGAAUAUUUCGUACAUACACCGAUGCUUCAACUUCUCUUCGUAUAUUAUAUGCAUAUUCUGAUACGCGUUUUCUCUAUGCGAAAAUAAUCUACCCCCGAGAUAAUUCCAAGGGCCUUCAGUCAACUUGGCCCGGAAAAGUUAUAAAUCCUAGUCUUACGCAUAAUCAACUCUUUUCAGAGUCCUUAAAAUUCCUCACAUGAACUACAAUAACAAUUGCUCAGGUAAAUAUUAUCAGAUAUGUCAAAAGGUAAACCUACAUUUCUUUCAAAAUGCUAUUAGUUUUUAGAAAUUUCUGUGAUCCUGUGAAGAGCCCUCCUAGUGUGCCCUCCUGCCCUUCUCGAUUUCUUUCAAUCCUCUCUCUCUUCCUUCCGUUUUCUUUAUUUCUUUGCACGUUUCCGACUUUGGCGCCACACACGCCACCGCCACCACAGCAAUUUACCACAACGCUUUACGUCGGCCUAACAGUUAUUUAUACGCAUAACAGCGCACGACUCGAAUCUACGGCGACAUAUUUAAUUUACUAUUACACGUUUUCUCCAACUCACUUAAGUAUACAGAUAAAUAUAUAAAUAUAAGUCAUAGGGUAUAUGAAUGGUAAUGCCAUUACUGUGCGGAGCACUCGCGUUUUUCCGUGUUCGGUGGAAUGGAAAAUUAAUAAUGCAGCCGCGUGGUGGUACUUAUGAGCAUUAAACGGUUGUGCGUAAAUCGUUUUCCCAGCGCGAAAAACUGUAUCUCGGUCGAAUCAAGCUUUCAAAAAUGUAUUACUCGGCAUUAGAACGAUGACGCGUUCGUUAUUUGAACACUGAGAACGCGUGGCUCUAUAAUGUAUAGGAUCUUCCAGAAAAUCCAGUAAAUUCAUGAAAACUCUCUCAGAUGUAACAACGUCUACUAACAUAGUUUAUUAUUGAAACCUCAAUCUACAGUAUACUCGUGAUAUAUCAUUAAGAGUCUAAAGAUUAAAAAUAUCAUGUCAUAAAAUUAACGUCGGUAAUAUGGUGGUACGAUUCCUGAAAUCAAACGCUAACAUUCUACACGACUACUUAACCGUCAAUUCUGUAGUUCAAAUUGUUCAAGUACCAAAAUUAUCAGACCACCGAUCGCGAUCGCAGUAAAUAGAAAAAAAAAUUAAUGUAAUUGAUAACUGGAGAUUUUUCCCUAACGUGCUAGGUAUCGACGAUAUAACGAUUUUAUUGUUUUCAUAUUUCCGGCGAAUCUUUUCCUACUUAAAAUAUACUUCGAACGCGUUUUGCAAAUCUCGCACAUGGUUAGGCCGUUGAUCGGCACAUCAACGUUCAAAUUAAUACCUACAAAAUACGUGUUCGUAGGUGGUAUCGAAGAAUAGCCGUCCCCGCCCCUUUCCUCCGCGCAUUUAAAGGAUAUAUUAAACUGCUACUACUUCAAAACAUCCGAGGCUGUGCGUCAUAAAUAUGCAGGUGUAUUAUUAUGCGGACACACGAAUUUUUCGAUUUCCAUCGUUCCCGCAGAGAAUUAUGUUCGUUUGUGCGAUUAUUAAUAACUUUUUUGGCACUAUUUUCACAUUCGGCGUGAUAUAAACUAUAAUUAACAAUUUUAUUAUAGCUGUAUACUUUUGCUCGGCUUAACCCGCUAACAGACCAUUGCUUAUGGAUUUAUGAUAAUUAUUACAGAAAAGCUCACCACAAGGUGCAUGUUUUGUAUGAAAUAUGAAUAGGUAUUUAGUUUUCAUUUUUAUAUUCAGUUCGAGAUCCGUUUUUCCAUCGGUCUAAACGAGUUUUAAUUUUAAAAUUAUCCAGUUGUUUCGUUUCUAAUCAUUCUGAGUGGUAUUUAAUAACUUAUUUUUUUUGGUUCUUUAGAUUGUAUUUAAAUCUAUAUACUUAAGUGUUAACGUUACUUCAUCAUUACAAACAGCUUAAAAAUUAAUCAAUAUCGAUGAUCGAUUUUUAAUCCAAACUUGACUUUUUAGGCUUGUCACUAUUAAUUUAAUGCGGUUGUAAAAUAUAGAAUCUGCAAUUUUUUCAACGAACGUCUGCAUAUCAUGUACAUGUUUACAUAUUAAGUAGUAUGAUACAUAAAUAACAAUCAACCUCUUUUAAUAUAAAACGGAACAAUAAAGUAAGAUUUACCAUUAGAUGUGAUUAGUUUCAAAUCGAAUAAUCUAAAAACAAUAAAAUGCGUGUAGCUUUCACUUUCAUUGUUAUUCUAAUAAGAAAACUCACUUUAAAAUACAAUCGCCUUUUAAGUAAAUAAAUACAACAAACCACGAUAUCCGUAUCGAUAAUACAGAAAUAAUAAAUACACCACUAGUGGUGAUAUUGGGGAUUUGAGUAAAUGAGAAAAACAGUUCCACGUAAUUUAAACCGGUAAAUUAUAUCCGACAACAAAUGAUUCGUAUCACUAGAUCCGAUGCAAAAAUAUCCUGUACUCAUAAUAACUUAGUUUAAAAU